AUGGCACCCGGAAAUGAAAAUAAAGAUCUCCCUCUCCCACCCGUUCCAGAUGUUGUUUCCAAGAUGCCAUGGAUCCAGCUGGGCGACUUUGAAGUUGCUUCAUCGCGGACUCCACCACCAAAACCGUAUCCGGCACGAAGUAGCCCAACAGAGAGGGCCACUGCACGGUUUAACGUUCAUGGGAAUGCAGUUUUGACCGGCGGCACAGGAAUGCUGGCCAUUGUCUCUGCUCGCGCGUUGCUCGAACAUGGUCUUUCCGGACUGGCCUUGUUCGAUCUGCCCAAUGCGAUUGAAAAAGGCAAGGAUGCUGUCGAAGCACUGCGAGCGGACUUUCCAUCUGCCAAGAUCAUUACCCAAUCCUGCGAUGUGACGGAUGAAAAGGGCGUGGUAGCUGCUGUACAGACCGCGAAGCAGCAGCUAGGAAAUAUCAACAUCCUAUGCUGCUUCGCCGGUAUGGUUGGAUGUGUACCGUCGGCAGAGCAGUCGGCAGAUCACUGGAGAAAGAUUAUUGAUGUGAACACGACUGGCUGUUGGAUAGCUGCGCAGGCUAUAGCACGAGAGAUGAUUUCUAGCAACCACGGCGGUAAAAUAGUCUUCAUCGCGUCCAUCUCCGGCCACCGCGUCAACUAUCCGCAGCCACAAGCUGCCUACAACACCUCAAAAGCAGCACUGCUACAUAUGAAGAACAGUCUUGCUGCCGAAUGGACGCGCUAUGGAAUCCACGUAAACUCCAUCUCCCCGGGGUAUAUGGAUACGGUGCUUAAUGAAGGAGACGACUUGGUACCUUGGCGACGGAUUUGGGCGGAGCGGAACCCAAUGCGCCGGAUGGGCUCUCCAGAAGAGCUGACGGGUCCAGUAGUACUUUUGUGCAGUGAUGUGGGCGGUAGCUAUAUAAAUGGAGCCGAUAUUGUGGUUGAUGGCGGUGGGUUGGUGUUUUAG